GAGUUUACCACACCUGAAGGUGUGAGACUCGAUCGGAUCGUCAACCUGCGUCCCGGAUGAUGCUUAAAGCUCUUUGCUUCUUUGUGGCAUAUCAUUUACCACCCCCAUGUCCGGUUGAGCCGCACAUCUGUUUUACACAUUGAUAAACUUCCCGUCACCCUGCUCCAAGUUUGCUCACUCCGACGACUCUCUUCCCGUCUUGUUUUCCAGAUAUCCAAGCGCAUAAACAAUGGACUUCCACAGCCAGCUUCCCUACCGGGACCCACGUCCAACCCUUCAAGUCAUCACCGCGUAUCCUCCCCAGUCCCAAACAUCAAACUACUCCUACCCCUUGUCAGGAACAUCUCCGGGCCGCGAGUCUGUUGGGUCCGAUAUCUCAUCUGUGCCGAGCAUGAUCGAAGACCAUGGUUCUGACAUCUCCACCGAAGACGAAUACCAGUACCACCACACCUCCAGGUCUGGGGGGCUGUGGAACUGUUUUUGGAACAACACUCAAGCACACGAAAAGGACUUCCAGACGGCAAGCACUCCAGCACGGCCCAUCAGCCAUCAUGCUGGCAGCACAGCCGACAGCACACCAGAAAGGAAGAAGAGCAGCAGCAGGCCAACUCUAGCAUCGUCGCGGCCGGAUAACGGCUUCGCCCAAGAUAAUAACCAAUGGCCUCUGACUCCUCCAUAUACCAGUCACAGUCACCAGGUGCCUCGGACAUUCAACAAGCCCCUUCCCACCUCGACUUACUCACUCUUCCCGCCCACGCCGCCAACUGCCGACAGUGAACAUUCUUCUUCGGUGCCGCCACCACCACGGAGAUCAUCUCUAGCCCGGCCAUGGACAUCGGACACCUUGCGACUGUCGGAGCAAACCCCACCACCACCAACACGAACCCCAGUGGUACAGAUGUGCAGGAAGUCGAGCCUCGGUAGGAAAAGGAAACUGGGGGGCGAGCCGCUGGCUGUGACGGUCUGUUCACCUAGCCCCAGGUCGACAACCACCACCACCACAACAACAGCAAGCCUGGUCUUCCGAGCAAGGCCAUCCAUUAUCCCUGUCCCCUCUUCCACAAGCAAUCUAUCACAGCAGAUGGCUUCUGCUGCCUACCACCCAACAGAGUCGUCCUCUCUUUACCCUCACGCUCCCCACCUCACCCCAACCGAUUUCCGCCGUCCAUCCCUCACCAACCUGCGUCGUAAUUCCCGCGGCGCCUCCUUCCCCAGGCCUCCUGGCAGCAGGGACCACCACCAACAACAACCAACAAGGGCACAUCAGCCACAUCAUCAUCAACAAAAACAACAACAACAAGGGUUAGAAGAGCGCCCAUUACCCCCCCUCCCCCUCUCUGUCCAACCACAACAACGACCACAACGACCUUCUCGAUCAUCACCUCCCUCACCAGUAGUCUUCCCAGUCCCUCCAACAUCACCACUGCCACCUCUGCAACCACCGCCGCCACCUCCCUCUACUCUUGCUCCUGCUCCGCCUCCACCCGUCGUCUCAGUAUUCGAAACGGAUUCUGACGACGAGGAUUCGGACUCAGACUCUAGUUCAGACGACCACAACCAUUUUGGUGCUGGAGGGGUUGUGGAAAGCUUUGCCAGACGAUUAAUGAGGAGCUUAUUGGGUGGUCAUGGUCAUGGACAUGGUAACCACCACUACCGUCACGACGGUCAGAGUCAAGGGCAGAAUCAUCAACGGAGCGCUAGUGAUUAUACUCCCAGUGCGACAACAACAACCACCCCGUUUUACAAGGCUAUUCAGAUGAGAAGACCACGGUCUGCGCAGCUGGACGUGAUUGAAGAAUCUGGAUUCAGAUAUAGGAGGAGUUGUAGUAAUGCUCGUGAGAGCGGGAGUGAGAGUAGCGGGAAGCAGAGUGUUUUGGGGAGGCGGGGGAGGUUAUGGGGGAGGAGUCGGUAGUCGAUCAUGACUUGACUGUCGUGGUCAGUUGGUAGCAUGUCAUCAUGUGUGGAGGUGUUGACAGGAGGUUUGGCGAUAUUCUUGAUAUACACCUAGGGGUCAUAUGGAUGGACGUAUAGAUGGAUCGGCAAAUGGGGUGUAUAGAGGAGCCUGGAUGGGAUCGGGGUUUACAUAACAUACAAGUACGUAGGCACUUACCUACGUACAUUACAUACAUAGUUCGUCCAUUGUACUAGGGCAACAUUAAUUUUACAU